AAAAAAAAAAAAAAAAACUCUAUGCUAAGGUGUACAGCACCUCCAUCACUCUCACUGAGGAUGCUAUCGUCACCUUCACUGCGCUCCAUAACCCCUAACCCUAGAUUGCACCCCACCUCGUCAAUUUCCGAACCGUCUAAUCGCCAUCCUCAACUGUUCUUUAACCCCGUCAGGAUUUCACUCUGUGAUUCUCACGGCGUCCCUCAAAGCAUGACGCUCUCAAGGUGCUUCUCUGGCCAAACCAGUCCCGUCCCCAUUUCGAGUUCACCAGAAUCGAAUAAGUCGGAUUCUCAGAUUCUCGUGGUGGUGUCCUUCUACAAGUUUGCUGAUUUUCCUGACCAUGCUCGUUUGCGGCAACCCUUGAAGCUGCUCUGCGAGGAACUGCGUGUUUCAGGUGGUAUCAUACUUGCACCAGAAGGCAUCAACGGCAGCAUAUGUGGGACCCGAGAAUCAGUGGAGAAAGUUCUUGCGUUCAUUCAAAGUGAUGACCGCCUCAAGGGACUACGAAGAGUGGAAUCACCUGUGAGCCCCGAGGAGGAAGCAAUCCAUCAUGGACACACUAGCAGUUCUCCUCUGGCAGCAGGGGAAGAUGCACCCUUCAGAUGGGAUCAUGUGAGGGUCAAGUUGAAGAAGGAGAUUGUUAGUCUUGGAAUGCCGGCUGUAUCGCCAAUUGAGAAGGUUGGAAAGUAUGUGAGUCCAAGGGAUUGGAAUGCAUUGAUUAGUGAUCCAGAUACAGUAGUUAUUGAUGUGCGCAAUAAUUAUGAAACUAGAAUAGGGAAGUUCAAGGGAGCAGUUGAUCCUCGUACUAGAGCAUUCCGGGAGUUCCCCUCUUGGGUAGAGGAUGAGUUUCAACCUUCUGAACCUGAGAAUGGGCAUUCAGAAGUGGAAGUCUAUGGUGCAAAUGGAAGCACUGAAAACCAGCUAGAGAUCUCAAAACCAAAAACACCUCAGCGAGUUGCCAUGUACUGUACUGGGGGCAUUAGAUGCGAGAAAGCUUCAAGUUUUCUCCUUAGCAAAGGUUUCGAAGAGGUUUAUCAUCUAGAAGGUGGAAUUCUGAAGUAUCUUGAGGAAGUUCCAGGGACAGAGAGCCUGUGGGAGGGAGAGUGCUUUGUCUUUGACAAGAGGGUAUCAGUUGAGCAUGGGUUAGCACAGGGAACUCACAAGUUAUGCUAUGGUUGUAAGCAACCAGUUAGUGAUGCAGAUAUGGAGUCUCCUCAGUGGGAAUAUGGAGUUUCUUGUCCAUACUGUUACUCGUCAAAAUCUGAUGAAGAGAAGGAGAGGGCAAGAGCCCGACAAAGGCAAUUUGAGACAUGGGGGGUAAUCGGCGGCCCAGACAAGGGUCGUAAACCGGAUAGUGUCAAGCAGAGCAGUACUCAACUCUCAAAUUCAAUUUAAAUAGGGAAAUGUUUUGAAAAUAUGAGUUCUAGUUCUAUAUCUUCUUGAGUGUUUUUGACUAGGGAUACAUUUUAUGGAAAUGUUGAAUGAUAACGGUCAGGCCUUGAAAACACUUUGUGUUUUGUUUCGGCUCAGGCUUAGCCUGCAUUUGAAGUGUUGCAAUGCAAUUCUCCACAUUAAGCUC